AUGUGGCAUCCAAACGUCUACCCCGACGGCCGAGUGUGCAUAUCGAUCCUGCACGCACCUGGCGACGACCCCAAUGGAUACGAGCUGGCAAGCGAACGCUGGUCGCCCGUGCACACUGUGGAGACCAUCUUGUUGAGCAUCAUCUCCAUGCUUUCUAGCCCCAACGACGAAUCGCCUGCUAAUAUCGACGCAGCGAAAGAGUGGCGGGAGACACGUGACGUGUUCAAGAAGAAGGUUGGCAGAUGUGUAAGAAAAUCACAAGAAGAGAUGUGA